CGAGCACCGGGGUGGGCAAGGCAUCACACAGCUCACGGCGUAGCUUCGGGCGCUCGCGCUGCGGUUGCAAAUUCUUUGGUAACCGAGUGGAUGGAGGGAAGGAAGAAUGCAAGGCUGCCUUCACACACACGUGUAAAUGGGCGCAAGUCGACCUCGGGGGGCGGGCUGACUUCCAUCAUUACCGUGUCAUUCACACGACUGGUCAGACAGACUCCACCUUCCUCUCCAGCAUCACGGCCUUACUUACCAGGUCUCCCCCUCCUCCUGGCGCCACACUUACAUAAGCACGUGUACAUACGUAACUCCCUCCUGGUCCCGCCCACAGCCUGGAGUGACAGUAGGAGAAGUCAGUUCUGGUGUUAAAACAGACCAGCAACAGGCUGCCAGCUUUUAAUGCAAUUUUGAACAAAAAGCCUCCCGCGACUUAGAGGCAGGCUGGCAUUCAUUAUUUUGACAUCUCCACCGAUCUCUCUAUCUUGAUCGUGGCGAGGUGUAAAGGAGUACAUCAAGAUUGUCAGCAAGAAUAUUAACUUUUGCACAGAAGUUUAAACAACCAUCGAAGUAGCGCUCAGCAGCUGUAGACGGACCCAGCGGUUGUGUGAACGUCACGUGACAGCCCACCCCACCACCACCACCACCACCACCAAUCCCCCGCCGGCGGUGACACGCAAGCGGGCCCGGUGCGAACCAGGUGAGCGUAAAUAAAGUGGCACAGGUGGGCGACUCCAUGUCACAAGCCACGGUUGACGAGACCGGGAACGCACCCGCGACAGAGGCUCCGUGCGUCACAGCUGCAUCGCGCGCCGACGAGGAAAGAGCGCUAGUCGAUAACGCCACCACUACUCGCCCCACGACCGUACGUUGUCUGCAGACAGUCCGCAUGGCGACCAGCUUAGAGGACAUCACCAGCCUUCGACUAUGGAAAGGUAUCAUCGCCGAGUUCGUCGGCACCUUGUUGCUGGUGCUGGUGGGCUGCGGUUCCUGCAUCAACCUGGGAUCCGAACCGCCCAGCACCGUGCAAAUCUCCUUGUGCUUUGGUCUCAGCGUCGCCACCAUCGUCUGGAACAUCGGCCACAUCUCCGGCGGCCACAUCAACCCCGCCGUCACCCUGGCCCUGCUGGCGGCUCGUAAAAUUUCUCUCGCCAAAGCCGUUUUCUUCGUCAUCUUCCAGCUGGUGGGUGCCGUGGUCGGGGCUGGAAUCCUCAUGGGUCUCACCCCGUCGGCCUAUCAUGGCGACUUCGGCAACACCCUAGUCAGCAAAAAGAUCGACCCCGGCAAAGCCCUCGGUGUUGAAAUUUUCAUCACUUUUGUCCUCGUCUUCACCGUCUUCGCGUCUGUCGACAGCAAGCGAAAGGACAUCAACGGUUCCACUCCACUGAGCAUCGGCCUGUCGGUGACCAUGUGCCACCUGUUUGCGAUCCAGUACACUGGUUCCAGCAUGAACACAGCACGAAGCUUCGGUCCUGCCCUGGUCACCGGUACUUGGGACAACCACUGGGUAUACUGGGUGGGACCUAUCUCUGGAGGCGUGCUGGCUGGCCUGCUGUAUGAAUACCUGUUUGCAGUCAACGCAUCCCUCAACAAAGUGCGUGCAUGCAUGCUGACCAGCGACUACGAUGACGAGAAGUUCCAGGCGAGGAAGAUCAAAGUGCGCAUCAUUGAAGAGGACCCCGAGGCUCCCCUAGAGACAGUCCCCCUCAAAGAACACUCGGAGAAGUAUUCACCAGACACCAGCAAAGGCAUAGAGCAGUACUGAUGCUAGUCUCAGGACCAUCUACAAGAAAACAGGAAGAUCAAGAGCCGGAGGACCGUCUGGAAUAAUGGAGCAGCCACCGUGUGGGGUUCCUGGCGCACCUGUGUCUAAGGUUCUUUGCUACCUGAAGACACGAGCGUUGCGCAGUGAGAACUUUCUCUUGUAGGGAAUUCUGUGUAGAAUGAUAAUCAGAUCUUUUAAAAGGCAAGCUAAAUACAUUACAGCAGCAACUAGGUCUAGAUCCAGAAGUCCCUGAAACUUUUUUUUUUUUUUUUAAUAAAUGACUGGGACUUUCUCUGGUUGAGGAAAAGAAAAGUCACAUGGUGCUGAAGCAGACAAGAGUAGAAGAUGAAGAUGAGUACUAGCAAGCAAAGUGGAGCAUAUUCUGACACAUUCUAACAUCUAUUUAUUGACAUCAUAGGCACGUUCACAUGCCCUCAUCACUGGUACAUUAUUAUUUUUAUUUCCUCUUUUUCGGUCAUGUCGCCUUCAGUCAACAGCAAUUUCUCGCGGAAGAUGUUCAUCCUUGAAGUUGCAAUGUUGCAUUUGUUUCGUCAAAUCCGUUGUGUUUACUUUUAAGAGAAGCAUGCAGUCUUUCGUUCUAGUCACCAACCAUGCAUUUUAUUUUUGACAGUCAGGGGCGUGUUUUUCAUGAUCACUGAGCUAGGUAGUCUGCUAUUGGUGUAGUUGUCAUUCUUCUAGUGCCUGACUUCCGCGCUCCCUCCUUAAUUAACUCGUUCGCCAGACUUGCUCAUUACAGUAGGACUGUAGACGCACCUGGAGGCUCCCGUGUAAGUUUGUGUGAAAGGCUUCAAUCGUUCACUAGUCAUCAGAGAAUGUCUGUAGACUCGUUGCACCUACAUGUACUGGCUAUGCAAUAUGUACUGAAAGACGUGUAAGCCUUACACGGUCCCUCCCCAUACCCAUGAGUGUUCGUGGUCGCAAGAAUUAAUGCGCCAUCAGUCAAAAGACAAUCAUGAUUAGGUGGCGCCGGUGGUUGCGAUUCCUUGUCUUCUCUUUGCCCAACAUCCUCCCUCAGCUGUGAUCAGGUCGGUGUGAAUGAUGCGUGACAGGUGUGGUGGUGUUUGUGUGGAGACUGUGUCCCUUAGCUGUACUAACACCUGUAUACACACUGACACAAUACUAACAAACACCAGCUUCACGGAUUUUUAAGGCAGAACUGUCUCUCUAACACUUUGUUAGUCAAUUACCUCCAGGUGCGUCUACUCCUCUGUCAUGUGUAAGAAAGGGAAACAGUGAAACACAGUGAGUGCGCUGAACGCAGUGUUCAGGUGAAGGACCGCCAUGCCGGUGACAAACAGUAGGACAAGUAGGUUGAGGUACCUUUACAAAGACUUCAUUCGAUGAGAAAUUAAAAAUAAAAAGGUUUCAAGUGUAAGGAAAAGAUUUUAUUUUAAUGUAAUAACAAAGACUCCGUUAUAUGCAGUAACUAUUUUGCUUUUCACUUUCACUUUUUUGUUGUUGUAGUACUUGUAAGACUAAUGAGAAUAUUUUUUAGAUAAGGCGCCAAUCAAGAGAAUAAUACAAAACUUUUGUUUUUUGUCGAGAGAAUUGUAUUGACUCUGUUCAGGGCACGCGCCCAUCUAGAAAAAAAAAUGUAUUGAUAACAGGAUGUAUUUCGAAACAAUAGUAACUGUCUCCGGCUACGUCACUGUAACUACAGGUAACUGCAGGUAGCUAUCAAUGGAGUCAGCGGCAGUAGCUAUGCCUGCUAACAUUUUGUGCACGGAAAACAAAAACUUCAAUCCCGAGUUUUCCUGACCACGACAGAAAGACUAUGGGCAGAGAAAGGUAAAGUGAAGAUAAAAAAGACCCGCUGAUUACAGGUAGAACAGGUGGCGUUAGUGAGAGAGGGUUGGCACUUACCUCAAGGUCUGGCACAUCAGGGUAAGGGAAGAAUUCAGGUAUACGCGGUAGGGGAAAAUAGUUGUUUUGCCAUGCUCCGAUGUCAUGACAUGCCAAUCACACAAUGUCAUGACAUGCGAGUCGCGAUGUCAUGUCAUAGGAUUAUUUUGUGUUGACUGUGUUUUAUAUUCACUUCUAGCUGUACACUGUGUGUCGCCCUUUUGGGUUCCGUCAGUUCGUUGGCUUGCUGUGUCAUUGUCAUCAUUUUUAUCGGUUACUUUGCGUGUCUGUCCCUUCAUUUAGCAUGGACGACCAUACUUGUCACCUGACUACCAGCUUAUUGACUAUUUGUAUACAGAGACUCGUGCGGCAACCAUUUCAAGCAUCUGUGUUUGAUGACAUUGAUUGCGGUGACUUUUAUGAAACACUAGUUCUCUACUUUUAUUGUUUUUGUUUUGUACUGACAUGCCCGCCUUCCGGUGGCCCUUUUCUGUGACAUGUUGGUAACAUCAGGCACCUGGCCCGAUGCCCAGGUAUGUCUCCCUGAUUCAAUGUUUAUGUGCAAUGGAACUCAAAGCCUAGAAAUUCGGUAGCUCACGGUAUUUUUUUUUUCUUUUUUCUCAAGAAAAUAGUUUUGUACACUUGCCCUCCCGAGAUGCUAGAAGUCACAGCGAUCUGUGAUCAUAACCAAACCUUUCUCUUCAGAACCUAAUCUUGCCCGAGUCCAGAAUGUGCACACUACCAUUAUACAGCUUUGUAUAAGUAUACAUGUGUAUAAAUAUUAAAUAUUUGCAUUAUUUGUUUUUUUCAGUCAAGUACCUGCACGUUUUUGAUUUUUAUAGUGCUUUAUACACCUUAUGUAUGCAUGUACUUGUACUUCUGUCUUUGUGAGAGGUCUGGUGUACGCAGGUAUGAGACUGUAUUUCAGGUGUACCACAGAAAGCAUAAUCAGAAAAAUAUAUGGCAAGAUGUACACCUGAAGUGAGAUACUGGUCAUUCACUUCAUAAUUUAAGCGGCUAGGUCGAUUUUCACCUUGUAAACGAGUGUAAAGGGUACAACAGCAAUUAUUUAUGUUGAAACAUGUUUUUUUAAAAAUAAUUUUGUAAACACAGGGAGCUCUUCAGCCUGAUGAACAUACUUUUGAAUACAAUUUGUACAUAUUUUAUUUUUUAUUACUCAGCUUGUAAUUACAUAGAGUACAAUUUUAACAGUAUUCCGAGUUUCGACUUCUGUGGUUAACGAUUCAUACUGAACUCUGUCGGUUUUAGUGAAUUUUGCCAUAUUUUAUUAUGUUUAUCAUUUGUGUAAUAGACUAUAUAGUGAAGUAAAAUUUGGAUAUUCUUUA